GCUAAAAUUAAAUAAACAUACCUGACGGCUCACGCGCGCAUUCAGCUUCCCACUUCACCAGCCAUAAUGUUUUACAAACUCUGCACCUUGCUUCUAUCCUUGUCCAUGCUCGCUGAAGGGUUGACCAUUGUCGAGCAAGAAUCUUACACAACUUCCGAAGAAGUGAACUCCUCCCCAUACGCUGUCUUCACCAUGAACAUGAAGUUGGAUAUACAGUCAGCUGAUCUAUUUGCCGUAGUCGACAAUCUUGUGGUUCCCAUCGCGUACGAAGAAGACAAUUAUCAGGUUUCGUGGAAAUUGCCCUACCCACUUGCACACAAGGGCAACCAUCAGGUGAUGAUCUACGACGCCGCUAGUCUUGACAGCGUCCAGAAGUUCCAGGAUGGGGAAGGAAGUAUGCCCCAAGCACUACUAACUGCUCCUGUCUACUUUAGUGGUGCGUCGAAGAUCUCCCACUCCGUCUCAUUCUCUCUCAUCGCGGUCUGUGCAUCUGUAGCUGGCUUCUAUUUCGCACACGACGUCAAGUCAAGUGCUUGCGAAUAGCUGUAUACUUCCGACGAAUAAAAUAUAACACUGAAAUUUGCCUGCAAUGUAGGUGUAAGGACAGAGAAUAUGUAUCCUUGCUUUGUCUGCAUGUAGAAAUAUCAUAUAUUAAAUACAC